CCAGUAAGGGAGAGGGAUAACAUUUUAUUUUGAUUUCAUAUCAGUGGCGGUACAUGGUACAUAGAGGCACUGAGAUUACGUUUACACUGUUUUACAUUACUCUGCGUUAGAGAUAGAGCAGCCGAAUCUAUCGCGCAGCCUCCGCCAAUUGUGUGGCAGCCGUCGCCAAAUAACCUAUCCUAGACAAUGUUAUGAGUUGGUGAUGGUGAGACCAAUUUCACUUGAUUUGUAGUGGCGAAAAUGUGUACAAAUAAAUACAUUUUAAAAGUUAAAGUUGCUUUAGCUAGAACUUCUAAAAAAUUUAGAUCACUUGUGGUCGCUGGUCUGUGCGCAUACAUUCGGAAUGGCUACCGCACCGUGAAACUCGUUUUCUUACCAGCAACUGUUACUGAUAUGUUUAAUUAGCUUAUUAUUAUAAUCGUGCUUAGCCGUGCACCAGCUAAAUUGGUCAUUAAAAUUGAGCCUAAAUUAAGAAGGAAGGAGGUGUCAUGUGUGAACAGUCAUCCGUGUAAAUAUGUAAAUAGGCCAACAUUGAUGGACUGAAAACUAGUUGUCAGUAUUUAAUUUUCUUUAUGAAAGAUAACUUGAAAUAGUUUGGUUCACUGGUUAAUCGGAAUAGCACCCACAACCAGGCUAAACAAACUUAUGAGCAAAUGUUAUUGAUGGGCAAAAGUGAACACUAUGAUUUGAACAUUAAAAAAUCACCUUGCUGAACUGCCUGCUAUACCUAUUAGUACUUCGGGAGAGCCUAUGGUUCGCUAUAGAGACAGCAAGCUACUUAACCGGCUAAGAAUAUUUAACCUGUCUUCGCUGGCGUAUGGGCACGGCAUAAGAAUGCUGCUGACAGCGCAACAGGUUUUUGUAUCCAGCAGGGUGAAACCCUCUGAAGAGGUCUAUGCGCAGGAACAGCUGAUUUUUCUUUUGGCAAUUUUACAGAACAUGGAAUCCUCAACUGGCAGCCUACUAUCUGUAUAUCAGUGUAGGAUAGGUCUCUUUUAAAUGCGAUAGGUUUAACUGAUAAACUUAAAAAAUAGGCGUAGACCACAUUACUAAUUUAUUCUGGUUUUAUUUGGAAGUUUUUCUGCUUGCUGGAACCAAAAUGACAUUUCUAAACGGCCCAAGGCUUUUGGAUUGGGCAAAUUCACCUCCGCAUCUACAGUUCAACAAAUAUGUUCUGACUGGCUACCGACCGGUAUCAUCAGUUCAGGAUUGUAUCAAAAGCUUAUUCUACCUGCACAACGAGUUGGGGAAUAUUUACACGCAUGGAAUUCCCCUGCUCGGUUUCCUGGUGCUGCUCCCCCUGAGUAUCCCCUGGUCUCAGAUCAAUGUCACAUGGCUGGGUGUGGUCCACUUCCUCGCCUGCCUGUCCCCCGAGGUUGGCUCUGUGCUGUAUCACCUCUUCAUGAACCACGAGGGUGGGGCACCAGUCUACCGUACUCUGCUGUCCCUCGAUAUGCUUGGCGUCUGCAUGGUCAACACCUUGGGAGCGCUGCCCAUCGUAUACAUCACACUUCUAUGUUACCCCUCCAUCCGCAACACGGCUCUUCUGGCCUACAUCUUGCUCUCCACCUACGGGGUCUACUGUGCGGUUACCGCCCGGAGCAACGUGCGCCGCCUGCAGUCCUUCGCCUGGCAGGCGCUCUUCCGCUUCCUCCUCUUCAUGCUGCGCUGGAGUGGCGUAGGCACGGGCAGCCCCGCGUCGCUGCGCCACUUCCUCACCAUGGACUUCCUGGCCAUGCUGGGCGGAGUCAUCAACAUUAGCCGCAUCCCCGAGCGCUUCCGCCCGGGGGUCUUUGACUACUGGUGCAACAGCCACCAGAUAAUGCACGUGCUGGUGGUGGUCUCCAUUGUGUUCCUACAUUGGGGCAUGGUGGAAGACCUACUGUGGCUCAACAACUACCAAUGUCUUCCAGAGUGACACCUUGAGAAAUAAGUGCAUUUAGAGGUUAGGAAGUGGAUUGGGACACAAUGGAAUCCAUGAAAUUGAGAAUAUUUGGAUGAGAGACUCAUAGAGAAAGAGAUGCAAAGACUAGGAGAAGAAGUGGUUUAUGUGCACAGCUAUUACUGAAUCUCAGGUCAUAACAUCAUAACAUAAGCACUUUCAUAUGUACACUCACACACACUCAUACAUAUCUAUAUACAUGCACUUUACAGUCAUACAAAUGGGCAGGGGCUGAAUCUUUAUAUUCUGCAUCUACAUUCACCGGCCACUUUAUUAGGUACACCUGCUCAACUGCUCGUUAACGCAAAUAUCUAACCAGCCAAUCACGUGGCAGCAACUCAAUGCAUUUACGCAUGUAGACAUGCUCAAGACGAUCUGCUGAAGUUCAAACCAAGCAUCAGAAUGGGGAGGAAAGGUGAUUUAAGUGACUUUGAACGUGGCAUAGUUGUUGGUGUCAGAAGGGCUGGUUUGAGUAUUUCAGAAACUGCUGAUCUACUGGGAUUUUCACACACAACCAUCUCUAGGGUUUACAGAGAAUGGUCCGAAAAAGAAAAAAUAUCCAGUGAGCGGCAGUUCUCUGGGCGAAAAUGCCUUGUUGAUGGCAGAGGCCAGAGGAGAAUGGUCAGACUGGUUCGAGCUGAUAGAAAGGCAACAGUAACUCAAAUAACCACUUGUUACAACCAAGGUAUGCAGAAGCAUCUCUGAACACACAACACGUUGAACCUUAAAGCAGUUCUGAAGGCAAAAGGGGGUCUAAUCCGGUACUAGCAAGGUGUACCUAAUAAAGUGACCGAUGAGUACAUAUUACACAGGUGCCGGUCUUUUGGCAAGUAUUAAUUUAUAUAAUUACAUUGACAACAGCUUUAGUAUUCUGAAUUGUAUUCUUUAAUUAUGCUUUCAUUUACAUGUAAAUGAGUUAUGUGGAUUAUGCAUAUAAUAUAUUUUACUGAUUACAGUUGGAGUGAGUCUUUUGUGUGAAGUUGAAUUGGCCAGAAAAAACUAGAUUUCAUUGUACAUUACGUAUUUUAGUUAACGUGUGACCUGAAGCCAUUCAGAAUAAGAAUCUAGUGAAGGCAUAUAAUGGAAGUGUUCCACUUGGGAUUCAAAUUUUUCAAAUUCUUCCAACAGUAUAAUUACUCUAUAGAUUAAUAUAUUUUCAUAUAUUUUAAAUUAUGUAAAUGUAAUAUUUUGUCUAGUACUAGAACAUAAAACUAUUUGGUCAAGGUCAGGGACUGUGUAAGUAAAGGUGGUAGUUUUUCUUAAAAUUACUUAUUCAAUUACAUUUUAAAUAAACUAUUGUAAUAUGUUUCUUUUUAAUGAUACUAAAUGUAGAAUAUUUUCACAUUGGACUAUAUACAUGUUUGCCAAAGGAAAACUCAUAUUCAGCAUCCAGUAUGAAAGCCAGUACACAGACACUUGCAUUUUCAGUCUGAAACACUUGGCAAAUGACAACAUCGGAAGAUAUGUACAGUGAUGGAAUUUUAGGUGCAUAGUUCACAACCUAUAGUGAUAAGAAAUAGUUCACAAUCUAGCUGAGAAGUUCAUCCUACACCACUAAGUGGCAGGGGAGAACUUGAAAAGGCACCAAAUCAAAGGAAGUUUCCACCAAUAGGCAUUACAUUGUUUAAUCAAUCCUUUUUAAAAACAACUUGAUGUUGUUUAAAUGUUUAUUUCAACUAUAUCCGUCAAAAGGAGCUAAGCACUUUCUCCACAUUGUAAAUGCUUUAGAUUAAAAAAGUGUGGUUAUGAAAGUAACAGGAACACUCUAAAUAAAUCACCAUAGCACUGGAUAAAAUUCUCUAGUUUGGCUUCUUGAUAUUUUUGUAUGGUGCAGACUAGCACUCAAUCAGUACAAAUUUAAUACAACAAAGUGUUGCAGCGAUAUGGCUCACUUCCUGUAUGGUACCUUUGCCUUCAAAUUUGUUUGUUUACAGCAGCCAUAUUGUUUGACCUAGCAAAUAUCUUUUUAAUAACUUUUGGUCACAGUACUUUCAAGAUGAUGCAUGCCAAAUUUGGUGGUGAUCGGUCAAAUAGCUUAUGACUAGUUAACAAAAGUAUGUUUUUCAAACAAUUCAAAAUAGCAGAAACUCCAAUAUGGCGGAAAUUGAAAUGGGUGAGUGCAUUUAACUCGGCUGGAUCUAAACUUGGUGUCUGGAUACCUUGGCCUAUCCUUCAUCAAUGUGGCAAAUUCCACAAAAAUCCACCAAGCGGUUCAAUGGGUCGCCAUAAACUCCCAUGACAGAAACUAUAAUAGUGAAAAAUUCAAACAAUUACAACAGGGGCCUGCACAGCUUUGGUGCUUGGCCCCUAAUUACAAAUCAUGACUUAACUUUAAACUUUUGGUUGCCUGCCAGAUUUUAACAAUUAAAUCUUUGAACAUAAUAGGUUCUACAAGGUAUUUUGUUAGUCUUUUAAUAUUUUGGGGAAAUUAUGUAUAUGUGUAUGUAUAGUUUUUACACUAACACCCAGUACAAUGCAUGAUACUUAAUCUUGUAUUUGCAUAAUUAACAAAAUCUUGACAGUGCACUUCCCUAUAUACAGCCUACAUACAGCCCCCUGCAUUGUAUUAGCAAAUGAAAAACAUUAAAAUUUGUCCUCAAUUUUUUCUCUCCACUAUGAAACUAAGCAUGUUAUUUGGACAUGACUCAACUAGCUCUUACUUUCCUCCAUGUUUAGGCUAGGGAUGACAUCAUUUACCUGAGUAGGCAAAAAAAAUUUUUUUGACUAAUUUUGAGGUAAACAUUUGGUUAUAUUUUUGGGGAAUGCUCGGUUGAUGAUUUAAUGACAUAAACUUUAAAAUUUAAUGACACUAACAAAUGCAAAUUUUGUAAAACAUGACAGCUGCAGUGUGCUGGCUUGUAAGCUGUGUAGGAAUGUACAUGAUCUGUUGUUUUUAGCGGAGUGCGUGCACUGCCUUAUACUGUUUACAGUCUGCAAAAAGUAAUGUUCAUUAGCCGGUUCAGAAAGAUUCAUUGGUACGUCAACGACAAAUAAAGAUUUACAGAUGCA